GCGGUAUCACGAGGGUCCGAGAAACCAUAGAUCUGCACUGCGUUCUCUCUUUCAUGUGGUGUAGCGACAUGCAGGAAGCCCUUUGGUGUUGUCAAGGCCAGAAAGCGACAUCACCGUUAGUUACCAUCCAUUACAUAUACUUUGCAGCAUCGAUCGCAUCAACAUCAUCAUCCAUCAUCCAGUGAGUGAUCCAGUGAACCUACCGAACAACGCAUGCACCGACCCACCCAUCCAUCCAUCCAUCCGUCCCCGUGGACCCACUCUCCCUUUAAAGCGACACCUGGCUCCAUCCCUCCAUGACAGUUAACUCAUACAUGCUGCUUGCUGCCCAACCACACCUCCGCCACCCUCAGCGGCAUCCCCGCCACGCGGCUGCCCCGUGUCGUUGUCGUUGUCGUCGGCACAGGUGGCGUCCCUCAUCUCCUGGUCGGGCGAGGGGGCACCCUGCGUGUCCAUCGCGGUGUCUCCAUUCAUCGCACUGGCUGCCGCUGUGGCCGCUGCCAGGGGCUGCAUCAGCUGCUGGGGCACCUCCACCUCACCCUCCUCUGGCUCCUCGUUGACAUGGAUGUCGAUGACGGCCAUGUAGGCCCCCAGCUCUUCGGACCGCAGCACCACACACGCCAGACGACGGCCCUCGUUGGACCAACGCCUGAGAAACCACACACACAGACAGACAGACAGACAGACAGAGUAGCCACGUGUUGAGUGCGCAAGGUCUGUCUGUCUGUCUGUCUGUCUGUGUGGUCGGCGUACAUCAUUUUGACUUCCUUGCCAUCCACUUCGCUCCACGACAGCACUCGCCAAUCCUGAUGCAUAUAUGACGCACGGACGAGACAGCCAGGUGUGGAUGGAUGGGUGGAUGGGCGGAUGGGCGAGGGUCCUACCGUGCAGGAUACGACGGCAAUGUGGGCUCCCGAUGCGACGGCAGCCACACGGCCGUCGUGCGAUACGGCCAAUACAUGCGGACCACUGAUGGAUGGAUGGCAGGGACGGAGUCGAUACGUCGUACAGAGUUGAGUGAGUGAUAGAUCUGGCCGUGUGUGCGGCUGGCUGCGUACGUAUCGAGUUGGUGUAUCUUGGUGGCUUCCUUCUUCAGUGGGUCGAUCUCCCACACGCUGAUCCCCACGUCCAGGUGGCUCCUGCACCCACCCAGUCCAAUCAGCCAUCCAAUCAACCAAACAUCUGUCUGUGGUAUGUAUGCCUCUGUGUGUGUGAGGGUCACUGACGUGACAAGUCGUGGCGUUGCGUUGCCGUCCUUCUGAGUCACCCACUGCACCACUGGGACGCCCACGUCCGCCGCGGGCAGCUGCACCACCAGGUCCAGCUCUAGAUCACCCUUGACGCGCCACACCUGCACACACAACGCACAUCCAUCCAUCCAUCCACGCCUGUUUCCUCACAGAAGUGUUUGUGGUGAGCAGGUGUCUGUCUUGUCUGUGUGUGUGUCUGUCUCAGCUACCUUGACGGGUGCGUGGUUGAGAGACAUGGAUGUUGAGUGUGUGACGAAGUACCUCUCGCCCCCCUGGCUCAGCCACUUGCCGUCCAUGUCCUCCAAACACGACAGCUGAAUGAAGGAACGAACCCAACCACAGACACACAAGCAGAGCCACACAAAGACACAGACACAGAGACAAAAGCUGUGGCGGUGCGAUGCGUGUCUGUGCCUGGGCUGCGCACCUCCAUUGGCACGUCGUAGGUGUGGUUGGCCUUGAUGCGGACGGGCCUGCCGCCGUCCAUCGACACCAGGAACACCGUCCCCGCUAAACGACACACAACACAGUGGUCAGAAUGGAUGGAUGGAUGGAUGGAUGGCGGGGAGGGAGAGUAGCGAUGUGACGUGGCUUACUGUCGGGGAUGAGGGCCAGGAGUUGGUCAGUGGCCCAGCAGGCGCGCCACACGUCACAGCACAGCUCCUCACUGUUCUGCGAAUCGUCCACUAUCUGUGCAACCUCGUUCUCGUCCACCAGACCUGCCAAACAUCCACACAGAGACAGAGAGACAGAGAGAAAGACACCUCAGCGCCGUUCGUUCGUUCUUUUAGCCGGGCAAGCAGUCAGUGAGUACAUUGGAAGCUCUGCCUCUGCUGUCCGUCUUUGACGUUCCAGACGACAUUGUUCUCGCCCGUCAUGAUAAGGUACCGCCCAGAGGGCGACACCUUGGCGUCCCCAAACACACCUGACGCUGGCGUCUUCAGCCGAUGCACGCACGCACCUGAUACAGACAGACAGACAGACGUGUCCACGCACAGGAUGAUUUUGGCCUUCCCUGUCUGUCUGUCUGUCUGUUUGUCUGUUCAAUGACCAGUGCGUGUUUUCAUCGCACCGUGCAGGCCGUAUGUGACGGCGCCAUCGUCAUGGAACACUAUCAGGGACGAAAGGUCAUCCUGACGACAGACAGACAGACAGACACGCACGCAUACACCGCGACCGACCAGCCGACCGUACGCAGGCCCCCCUGCUUACAGAGAACAGGAAUGGCGUCGCGUCGCCGAGCAGCUUCAGAUUGGUGUGGUCCUCAUCCAGCAACUCGACACCUGCACACACACACACAGGCGCGUGACAACCGAACCGACUCCAUCCUUUUCCUCCCUCCCUCUCUGCCUCUCUUCCUCUCUCCCUCCCUCCCUCCCUCCCUCCCUCCGUCCCUCCGUCCGUCCGUUGCUCACUGCGGGUGCACUGCGACGCUGGGAUGGCCCCCUGGCCACUUCCAGGAGGCAGCUGGUGAAACUCCACUCGACGGGCACCAUUCCUGCAUCCCCCGGCACGACGCAUCAGGGCGUAAUGUCCAGGUGUCGUUUUGUUUGUUUCUUUCUUCAUGUGUUACUCGUCAGUAUCGGUCCUGACUUUGCCCCCGUUCCACAUGACAGCGAGCGUGCUCCGAUCCCCCCAGACGAACUCAGCCUGACCCAACCCAGCAAAACCCACCACACACAACAUUCACUCACACUCAGGUACACCGUUGUCCGUUGUCUCACCUCCCUCCCUGCCUCCCUCCCUCACCGUGUCGGGCGUGUUGCCGGCAGCAGGAGUGACAGCGACGCUGACGCCCAUGGCUUUGGCGCCCCUGGUCUGUGUGAGGAUAAUGUGCUCCAGACCCGACAUGGUGGCCCUGGGAGGCACACCGGGGAGGUGCUGGGACACCAUGAGCACCGACGGUGGAGCGGGGGCCAAGGUCGGGGUGGGUGUGGCACUGGGGGUGCCAGUGGGCUGGAUGGGGGCCAUGGGGGCGGGGGGCUGGUGGACCGCCGUCGGCAGAACCGGUGGUCUCACCAACGGAUGCUCAACUGCACCUGACAAACCCAGCCAGAUGGGUGGGUGGAUGGAUGGAUGGAAGAUAUCUGUCUUUGGCUGGGUGGCUAAGGGGGUAUGGCUCACUUGCGUGUGGUGGGCGACCCGGUGGCUUGGCUCUCACAACGGGGGGGACAUGCGCCACUGCCGCUGAUGCUUAUGCACACAGACAGACAGACAGAGAACGAAGGAAGAAAUACGUGAGUGAAUGAGGGGAUGGAUGGAAAGGAAAGCGCAGUAAGGGCUGUCUGUGCUGGGGUAUGGAUGAGAAAGCUCAGAGAAAUCCGCUCCUGACUGAUCUUCACGCGGUGCGUCAGGCAGGUUGGUACGUGUCAUGCUAUCACAUGACGUCUCUCUCUCUCUCGCGCGCGCGCGUGUUGACGAACGCGGGGCCUUUUUGUGCGUUUUCUGUGCGCCCCGCCCCCUCACCUCCAUCUGCCCCGCCAUGUUGCUGCUCGCCCUCUUUUUGCAGUUGGUGUUGUUGCCGUGCGGCCUUGGACGCGUGUGCCUUGGCCGCCUUGCCGGCAGCAGGCUCAUCGGACGGCACUCGACCGACCUGCACACGCUCGAUCAGUGCAGUGCACGACAUGCCCAAAUGUGUGCCAUCCAUCCAUCGCAAUGGCGUGCUGAUACGAGUCGUGUACGGUUUGUAUGUAUGUACCUCUGUGCGCGCCUUCUUGGGCGGCGGAGCCUUGAAGCCAUACCCAGGGACGCCGGGACUCUUGGAGGGCCUGCGGUCGUCCACAUCAACAUCUGAACCAAACAACCACACAACCAGACAACCAGACAGACGACUGAGCGUCCUCUCCACGUGUUUGUGCGUCCCAUUGAUUCCCGUCCCCCGGCUGACCAUGGUCUGGAUCAUCUCUGUCUUUGCCCCUUCCCCGCCCUCUGCCUGCGUCACCAUCCCGCAUCGCGGUCUCAUGGUCAUCAUCCCCACCAACAACCCCACCAAAACCCCUCUUGCCACGGCUGGUGCUUGGCGGUCCGUUGGCCUGCUGCUGGGAGGUGGUGCUUACACCCGCUCCCCCACCACCACCACCGGCACCAGUGCCCUCAUUGCUCCCCUGCCUCCUCUGCGCGCCGCCUUGCCGGCUGUAUUUGCCCGUGCCGUUGGGGCCACCAGGCCCUCCGUCGUUGUUGUUUUGAUUGUUUUGGUUGUUUUGGUUGUUGUUGUUGUUGUUUUGUGCGCGGUAUGCGAUGAAGGGGUCUGGAGUCUUGUCGGUGGCCUUGGUGCACUUGUGGCUCUUGAACAAAGUGAACGGGGCACUGCACGGCUGCUCGUUGCCGUCCUGCACGCAAUCAAUGCCACACAGACAUUACAGACAGACAGAGAGAGGUGACAUCCACUUUCCCCACGGCGUGCACCGGCCAUCCCUCCCUGCCUGGCCUGUCUGUCCCUCGCUGGCUGGCUGCUGAGAGUCUCUCUGGCAUCCAUCCAGACACACAGAGAGAGAGAGUGUGUGUGAGGGGUCCACCGUACCUUGUCCACGUGUGCCUCCAUCCAGACGUAGAGUAGGGACUUCUGGAGGAAGGUGAUGAGGGCUCCGUGGGGUAGGCGCAGCCUGCUCUUGUCGAUGUUGGCCUCGUGCAUGAACGAGUGGGCCGUGUGGGUGUACCCCACCUCCAACAGGUACCCGUGGAUGAGCACAUUCACGUCCUCCGUCUUCAGCUCCACACACAUCCUCAACUCAACUCAGCUCAACAACGCUGGCUACUGCACGCAGUCCCACGCACCACAAGACGCAUCGAUGAGCAGCAGGACAACACCUAUACCCUGCCUCACUGUCUUCGCCCACUCACUCGGCAGUUCACGCUUAUCAUUCUCCACCGUGACGCAACUCGAGCGAUUUCGAAGAAGUCAAGAGCUGGGGGCAGCCUUCCAAUGGCAUCACCGCCUCGCAACGUCGUUCAUCG